AUGGACAGCCAAUGCUCCGCAUGCAUGGCCGCCCAUUUCCAAGGGGAGAGAACGAUGCCCGGGGGUAGUGCCUACACUACGUGUUGCGCCAAAGGUAAGGUUCACGUCGCGCUAUUCGAACGAUUCCCGCCGCCUCUGCGUGAUCUUUUCCUCAACCAAGAUCAAGACUCCAAGAGUUUUCGUCAGCAUAUUCGGAACUACAAUAACGCUCUUGCGAUGGCAUCAAUGACGGCCAAGAUAGAACCACCCUCAGGAAACGGCCCAUACUGCUUCCGUGUCCACGGUCAAGUCUAUCAUAGGAUCGGAGGACUUCGACCUCCGAGUGGACAGUUACCGCAGUGCGCUCAGGUUCUGAUCAUGGAUACUGAGCAGGCGGCUCAAGAGCUAGCUGGACGGGAAGUAAAUCGGAACUGCUGCCCGAACACCUUCGGUCUACUCCAUAGAAUACUCAAUGAUGCCAAUCCUUAUGCACAAGCCUUCAAGCUCAUGGCUCAAGUCGCUGAUGAAGAAGCAGAGAGGGCCCAACGGGAUGGUUGUCCUGGAAGACCAGUGCGGAUGGUUUUCCACCAGAACGAGCAUGAUGACCAACGGCGCUACAAUGCGGCAACUGCAAACGAAGUUGCCGUGGUUUACGUGGGUGAUGAAGAGGACAUUCCUGGGGAAAGGUUGUUGGUCGUGCAUGAAAGUACCGGCAAUCUCCGAAUUAUAAGUUACUUAGACAAACUCUGUGAUCCGCUUUCGUAUCCCUUAUUUUUCCCUUCUGGAGGUGAGGGAUGGCACCCUCAAAUGGAACGACGAGAACCGACUUCAUCUCGGCGCUGUAGGGUCACCCAGAAGGAGUAUUAUUCCUAUCUGCUAUUUACUCGGGAUGGUCUCUUCAAUCCUCUGCAUUACGCGGGAAGACUCUUGCAGCAGUUUGUCGUUGACAGUUGGUUGAAGAUUGAAAUGAAUCGCCUUAAUUAUAUUCGUCAGAAUCAACGAGAACUACGACUGGAUACAGUACGGGGUCUCCAAGACUAUAUGUUGAGCGACCCAGAUGACUCUGUUCAGCCCGGACGACGAAUUGUCCUAGCCGCAACGUUCAAUGGAGGUCCGAGAUAUAUGAUCGCUCAGUACCAAGACGCGAUGAGCAUCGUAUCCAAAUAUGGCAAGCCGGAUUUGUUCUUAACCUUUACAUGCAAUCCAGCUUGGCCAGAAAUAACUUCGAAUCUCAGCCAGGGGCAGACUGCUUCGGAGCGACCUGAUUUGAUCGCACGAGUUUUUCAGCUCAAAGUGAAGGCGUUUUGUGACGAGGUCGUGAGAAAACAAGUGCUUGGGGAGGUGGCUGCGUACAUAUAUGUGAUUGAGUUCCAGAAGCGGGGCCUGCCCCAUAUGCACAUGCUUCUGACCCUGAGUGGUGAUUCUAAACUGAGGACCCCGAGUGAAGUGGACUCUCUGAUUUCCGCCGAGCUCCCCGAUCCUAUCGCGGCUCCUGAGCUCUACAAGAUUGUUUCUUCGUGCAUGAUCCAUCGACCGUGUGGGAAGCACAAUCCCAGUUCACCGUGCAUGAUCAAUGGGCAGUGUUCGAAGAGCUUUCCAAAAAAUUUCCGAGAUGAAACUUCGCUUUCCGCCGAAGGUUAUCCGGAAUAUCGUCGACGUCAGAAUGGCCGCAGAAUCAUAUGCCAGGGGGUGCACCUGGACAAUCGUUUUGUGGUGCCCUUCUGUCCGUAUUUGACGCUCCUCUUCGAUGCUCACAUCAACGUCGAGCUUUGUGCUCUCCUUCACGCGGUCAAGUAUCUCUAUAAGUAUCUUUAUAAAGGACCAGAUCGAGCGAGAAUCCGUUUGCAGCAGGCUCGGUUGCCGGAAGAGGAGGCACACGAUGAGAUCGAUGCUUAUUGGGACACCCGUUAUGUGUGUGCCCCAGAGGCGAUUCAUCGAAUUUUCGCCUUUCCAUUGAAUGAUCGCAGUGAUGCCGUAACCAGGCUGCAAAUACAUUUACCAGGUUUCGAAAGUGUCCGGUUCGAAGCGGGUACUGAAGAAGCUGCUUUGAUUUCGGCCAGAGAUCGCUUUUCUACCCUGACAGCUUUCUUCGACAAAAACCGGCGCUGCCGAGAUUUGCAAGAGGAACACGGAAUGAUUCCCGAUGAUUUGAUCGACUCUCGGAAACUCCGGUACCAUGAGAUGCCCGAAAAAUUCAUUUUUAAAAACCAGCGAUGGCAGGAACGGAAGCGCGGUGGUAAUCGUAACAUCGGACGAAUGUACUUCGUUAGUCCUCAAGAUCACGAGCGCUUCGCUUUGCGCCUGUUGCUGUUGUAUGGGACAGGCUUCACCUCCUAUGAAGAUGUUCGUACCGUGAGCGGUCAAACCUACUCCUCUUUUGUUGAGGCUGCGAGAGCGAGUGGUUAUCUGAGAGACGAUUCAUAUUCCCGAGACGCUCUUCAAGAAGCUUCUGCUCAGAACAUGCCACGGCAACUGCGGAGCUUCUUUGUUGCCUUGAUCACCUUUGCGGAUAUACAACCACCGCAUACUGUGCAACUUUGGGAGGAAUAUAAGCCGAAUUUCAUGGAAGACUUCAUACAUGCGGGACUGUCGACCGAAAUGGCGGAGUCGAAAGCUUUUCACGAUAUCGUUCAGCGGCUUUCAGAACUCGGGCGGGAUUAUUAUGCUCUCCUCCCCCUCGAUAUACCGCAAUUCGAGGAAAUCGAGACAGCCGUCAAUCUCGAAGAACACCGCGCGUUCGGAGCUGAACUAUAUCAGCAGCUGAAUCCGGAGCAAAGAGUUAUUGUGGAUGAAGUUCUUAAAGCGAUUGCAGAUCGACGAGGACAAUGCUACUUCGUUGACGGUCCAGGUGGUAGUGGAAAAACAUUUGUUUACACGACUAUUUACCACUUAGCCUCAUCCAAAGGUUUUAAAGUGAUGAAUGACGCAUGGACUGGAAUCGCCGCCAAUCUUCUGCCUGAGGGCCGGACUGUGACUUCUGCUUUCCGUUUGAUUGUCCCGAACAAUAGUCGUUCAUCCAGCAUCAAAGGGCAAUCGAAAGAGGCAGGACUUUUACGUAGCACGGACGUCAUUAUAUGGGACGAGGCUCCAAUGGCUCCCAAGACUGCUCUUGAAACCAUUGAUUCAUUGCUGCAAGAUAUCAUGAAGAAUACCGCACCCUUUGGUGGUAAGACCAUAGUUCUCGGCGGCGAUUUCCGUCAAAUUUUGCCCGUCGUCGAGCGAGGAUCUCGCGGUCAGAUAGUAGACUCAUGUCUCAAGUAUUCAGAUCUAUGGAAACAUUUCCAGCAAGUCCGCUUAUCUCGGAAUAUGCGUUUGAGCUCCGAUGAUUUAACUUUUCGGCAAUGGCUCCAUCAACUAGGAGACGGAAUGCUGCCUGCGGACAUGGAUAUCCCGGAGGACAUGCGCUGCCAAGGAAAUCUCGCAGAUGUUAUCUAUGGUGACAUCUGCGCCGAAAAUCACGGCAUAGAUUUCGCCGAGCGGACGAUUCUGACGCCGAAAAACGCUCAGGCAUUGAAAAUUAAUGAUUAUGUUUUGAACAAACUAGCGGGCGAGAAGAAGACCUUCCUAAGCGAGGAUGAAGCGAUCGUGGAGGACCCGAGUGACGCAUCUCAUUUCCCUACAGAGUUUCUGAAUAAGAUGACGCCGGCAACCCUUCCGCCCCAUGAAUUGAACUUGAAAACAGGAUGUAUUGUCAUGCUGUUGAGGAAUUUAGACGUGAAAAAUGGUUUGUGUAAUGGUACGCGAUUCAUAGUUACGGAGAUUUUAUCUCGAGUACUGAUUUGCAGCUUCGCAACUGGGUAUAACAGAGGGUCGUCUGUUCUAAUUCCGAGAAUUGACUGUUACUACGCUCAUGCGACACUCCCAUUCCGACUUCGACGGAGGCAGUUUCCGAUUCGUCUAAGCUUCUGUAUGACUAUCAACAAGGCACAGGGCCAGUCGUUCUCUCGCGUUGGAAUCGAUUUACAGGAAGCGAUCUUCGCUCACGGUCAACUUUACGUUGCGCUUUCGAGAGCAACGAGUCGAGGCGGGAUUUCAAUUGCCUCACCGAACAAUCGCAUGAGAAACAUUGUCUAUGACGAAAUUUUGCGGUAA